UUUAUCACAAUGCUCGGAGUAAAAUUCUCACUAAUUGGGAUACUGGCGUCGCUAUCCUUCGUCGAUGCUGCUAAUAUCCUGGUGGUAUUUCCAGUUCCAGGGAAGAGUCACGGGAUCCUCGGAGAUGGCUAUGUGCGAUUGUUGUUGGCAGCUGGACACCAGGUUACAUAUAUAACCCCGUUUCCGAAAAAAAGCUCGCAUCCAAAUCUGACCGAGGUAGACGUCAGCCGCAACAUGGACUAUUUACAUCACGACGGGCUUAAUAUAAAGAAAAUAUUGGACAAAGAAACAAGUCCGGUUAACCUGAACGCCUUAUAUGAGAUGGUGGUAAACCUGGGUAAUGCAACUUUUACUAAUGAAAACGUACAGAAAAUUAUAAUGGAUCCUUCGCAGAAAUUUGAUGCUGUCAUAGUGGAAUGGUUGUUCUGGGAAGUAGGUUGUGGAUUGUCAGCAGUGUUCGAUUGCCCGUACAUAUGGUUUUCAACAGUGGAACCUCACUGGAUGGUCACAAAAUUAAUUGAUGAACGCUUACAUCCAGCUUACAAUGCCGAUGUUUUGACGGGGAACACACCACCGUUCAACUUUAAGCAACGGGUCCAAGAACUAUUCAACCAAAUUUUUCUAAGUUUUUACUUGGAUUAUUUUGUUGUGCCCGUAGAAGAGAAAACAUAUCAAGUAUUCUUUGGCCCAGCGGUGGCUAUAAGAGGAAGAUCUUUACCCCCUUAUCAUGAUGUAAGGUUCAACGCGUCCUUGAUGUUGGGCAAUUCACAUGUUUCGCUGGGACAAGCUACAAGAUUGCCCCAAAACUACAAGCCAAUAGCAGGAUAUCAUAUCGACCCCAAUGUUAAACCUCUUCCGGAGGAUUUGAAAAACAUUUUUGAUAAAGAUGAAAAUGGCGUAAUAUACUUCAGCAUGGGCUCUAACUUAAAAAGUAAAGAUUUUCCAGAAAAAUUAAAGAAUGAUUUAUUAAAAAUGUUUGGAGCACUGAAAUAUACCGUUAUUUGGAAAUUUGAAGAAGUACUUUUGGAUUUACCCAGAAAUGUUCACAUCGUAACAUGGGCUCCUCAGCCAAGCAUUUUAGCUCAUCCAAAAACGAUUCUCUUUAUAACUCAUGGAGGUCUUCUCUCAACUACUGAGACGGUCCACUUUGGAGUGCCUAUCAUCGGUAUACCAGCUUUCGCAGAUCAAUUUAACAACAUUGACAGAGCCGUAAAUAAAGGUUUCGCAAAGCGAGUAGACCUCUCCCACGUAUUGGCCGACGACCUAAAAGUGGCUAUUGUGGAAAUGACUAGCGAUCCACGGUAUGCAGCAAAAGCGAAAGAAUUAUCUCUAAUAUACCACGAUCGACCGGUGUCUCCGGGCAAAGAGUUGUUGCACUGGGUCGAGCACGUUAUCAAAACUAAAGGGGCACCACACUUGCGCUCACCAGCACUAUAUGUACCCUGGUACCAGAAAAUGUACCUUGAUCUUGCUACUCUUAUAUUGGCUGGAUUAUUAGCUGUUAAAAUAGUUUUAAAACGAUUGUUCGGUUCUAAAAGUAGAAUAAAUUCCCAAAAGAAAUAUAAUUAAAAAGUUUUGCACACUUAUUGAAAAGUAUAGGUAUCUUAUACAAGGUUAUUUGUUUAUUUUUUUAAAUGAUUGUUCGACAAAUCUAACAGCGU